GCCAUGUUUACGUACCUGAAUGAUUUUCGUGCUCUUUGACAUUUACUUUGUUAUGUUUGAAUGCAAAGCUUCACGAUAGCUGAUCAAAGUGUAAAAGUGAGUAAGCUUCUUUGCAGUGACUGGAUUGGUUUGUAAUUCAUCGAAAAACCGUAUAUUUUGGAUUGAAUUUGGAGAAAGAGAAAGUGAACAGGGCUUUAAAAUUCCAAAUUGACGUUCGUUGAUAGCAAAAUAUCAUUUUUAUUUUCACGGAGACUGUUGAAUGAAUCCGUGAAUGGCCAAACUGGAGCAAUCAUGCUUUGUGAAAUGUACUCCUGGCGGGGAAAAAAUUCCUAUUCUACAAAGUAGUUCCAAGUUUCUAAAUGUUAACGCCGAGGAGGUGUCUAAUUCAUCGUCAAACAAUAAUAAUCAUGAAUUCCAUGUCGUGUUGGCGUCUUUAUGUGCUGCUGUGGGCUCUUUGUGCUUUGGUUACUGCUUGGGCUACUCAUCCCCUGCACUACCAGAUCUUACCACGGAAUCAAACGAUAAAGUACGUCUCACUGAAAGCCAGGGAUCUUUGUUUGCGUCACUGGUCACCCUUGGUGCCAUGCUAGGUUGCCUAUUUGGUGGAUUUGUUGUAGACUACUUUGGGAGAAAAACAACCAUAAUGCUUAGCACAAUUCCACAUGAGCUAGGAUGGUUGCUGAUUGUAUAUGCCAAAAAUCAAGCCAUGCUUUACACAGGAAGGCUUUUUACUGGAGUUGGAUGUGGCUUGAUAGGUGUUGCUUUCCCUGUAUAUGUUGCAGAAAUAUCCUCAUCUCAUUUAAGAGGGACAUUAGGUACAAUCCACCAACUAGCAGUCACAAUAGGAAUCCUCCUGUCCUAUGUAGUUGGAGUAUUUAUGGGUUGGCGUCAUAUAGCCCUUGGUGGAGCUAUAAUGCCUGCCAUACUAGUGCUAUUGAUGAUUUUCAUGGUUGAAACUCCGAGGUGGUACCUGGCUCAUAACAAAAGAGCAGCUGCUUUAAAAACUCUGCUGUGGCUACGAGGACCUGAAGCUGACAUUGAAGAGGAGUGCUUUGAAAUAGAAAGAACUAUAGAUAUGCAUAAUGAAAUAUCAUGCAGUGAAUUCUGCAGACCAUCCAUUACAAAGCCAUUAUUUAUUGGUGUGUGCUUAAUGGUAUUCCAACAAACCUGUGGUGCAAUAGUUGUAGUUAUGAACUGUGCUGAGAUCUUUGCUACUGCUGGAUUUAAAGAUAGCAAGAUGGUUUCCAUAAGUGUGGCAGUCACACAGUUUGUUGCAAAUAUCGUAGCCUGUGGAAUAAUGGACAGAAUUGGAAGAAGAACUUUGUUAUUAUCAAUGGCCUUAGGAAUGUGUGCUUGUCAUAUUGGUCUUGGGAUUUUCUUCCAAAUAUCAACAAAUGAAAUUUUGUCCACAAAUUCCACAAUUCAUUACUCUGGAUUCAGUCACUCUGUUCCUGCCCAUCAAGUAUCAUGGCUGGCAAUAACAUGUCUGUUAAUCUUCUACAUAACUUUUAGUCUUUCUUGGGGACCAGUGCCUUGGAUAAUCAUGUCAGAGAUCUUUCCUCUCCGUGCACGUGGUAUUGCAGGUAGCAUUGCAACUAUGGCAGCAUUUAGUAGUGCAUUUCUUUUAACAUGGUUGUUUGUGCACAUGAAGGAUGCCUUCACUGUUCCUGGAGUUUAUUGGUUUUAUGCUGGUUGUUGUUUCCUGUCAUUCAUUUUUGUGUUGAUAUUUCUCCCAGAAACAAAAGGAGAAUCACUGGAAACAAUAGAGACUUUCUUUGAAAAUAGGAAAACAACAUACGAUGAAAUAGAAUGAAUUUUCAAAAAUCGCAUGACAUCAAGGAUUUGAACAGACAGUUAAAUGUAUACACCUAUUACAAAAAACGUUGGCCGGAGAUCUGAAAUCUGAAAUCUAAGGCCGAGCAACUAGCUGUAAAUCAUAGUAUAUUCACAGCCGAUCAGCGUCUUUUGAAUGAGUUGGGACUGAUCUGUUAUCUUAUUAAAAGUGUUUGUAUUUUUCGCCCAUUUCAGAUCUCGGACUGACAACGCUUUCCGAAAUAUUUAUAUACUAGUUUUGGGAUUUUCUAACAUUGAAUUCUUUUAAUCACCAUGUUGAAAGUUUUUACAUAUGAAUAAGGUUUUCUGGCAUUUUCGGACCAGGCCUUUUUGAGUUGGUUUUGAAAAAAUGAAAAAAAACAAUGGUGAUGCUCCUGCUGAUUUAUGUUCAUUAGGAUCUCUAGCUUCCGAUAGGUACUCAUUCCAAUUAAGAGGAAUUUUUUUCAAUAGUGAGCAAUAUAAUGACAAAAAGCGCCAAAAACUAGACUUUUGUAUGAGUUUUGAUCCCAAUUUACGUUUUGGGUUAACAUUCAAAACCUUU